AUAGGUGCUGGCAGCGACACGGCCACGCCACAGUGCUCGGUGCACGCGUCGGGACAGGACGGAGAGAGCGGUGCUGUGAGGAGCCCCCGCACAGCCAGCCCGUUCCUUGCUGACCCGGAGCUUUCCCAAAGUGCUACCUGUGCAGGUGACCUCGAGGCCAGACUGCGGGACUCGGCGAGCCGGAGCAUUUCCAAAGCAUCUGCCGUCCCUGCGGCCGCUGCCCUCGAGGACAGACUGCAGGACUUACUGUCCUUCAGCCUUCCCAAGGCUUCUCUGUUGCAGCUGUGCUUUCAAGGCACACCUGCAGCACUUGAUCUUUGAGUUUUUCCCAGGCAUCUCUCCUGCAGGCCAUCCUAACUCCAAAGAGAGACAUGGAGCAGACACCCCCCAGGGUGCCCAAGCUGGCCUGGGUGAAGGAGGAGGAGGAGGCUGCAGCUACCUCAGCACAGCAGCCUGGAGAGCUGGAGCAGCUCCAGCUGCUGCAGGAGGGUGCAGCCAUGGACUGGACACAAGAGCAGGACCCUGCCCGUGGCCGCUUCCGCAGAGCAGCGCAGAUGAUCUGUGAAUUCAUCGUGUGCGUUUGGCGGGAAGAGACCACCGGUGUGGGCACUGGGCCUUCGGCAAACUUUCACCUCUUCAGUGCUGAGACCAGUGCUGCCAUGCUGGAUUUGCUUGUGGAGAAGGGUGUCUCCAAUCCAAAGCAAGUGCCAGCCAUGGUGAAGUACAUCCACAAGUGGCUCACGGCCAAUGAGUCUGCUGGGCACAGGCUGGACAAGGCCCUGCUGGAGCUGACCAAGGAACACCCCUAUGAUGUGCUCAUGACUCUCUUGCGCUGGGCCCCAUCGGGUGACAGAGCUGCUGCGGCCAUGUGGGGGGUGAUCCUGACCUCCACGGGGACUGCGGAGCCGGCGCUGCAGAUCCUCAUCACUGUGCUGAGCGCCUGGCCAGUGGACACCUCCGUGUACACCUCUGAUGGGGACAGCACAGGAGUCUUUGCUCUGGCUGCAACCGUGACACUGUGGAAUGUCUUCAACUGGACCUGGUGCCCACCUAUAGUGCUGGAGUACUCCCCCUCUCUGUUUCUGCGUCUGCUCUUCCAAGCUUUCAUCAGCACACUGUAUACACCAGAGGUGGUUGAUACCUUCUGGAAGGAAUGCCAGGAGCAACUUGGCCUUGCCACCAACCCCCAAAGGUUUGCAGUGCAGACUCUGAAGGUGCUGCUCUGCCGAGUGCAGUGUGAGCAUGUGGUGUUGGCCAUGGAGCGCAAGGGUGGCUGGGACACGCUGCUCUAUGCUGGCACCCACCACUAUGCAGUGGGUCUGCUGGCCAGGGAGAUGCACGGUGUCUCUGUGUAUUGGCAUCACUACAUCAUGUCCUACCUCUUGGAGCUCCUCAGCCAAGGCAUUUCAGACUGGGAACUGCCUGCCAUGGCGUUCCUUGUGGAGCUCCUGGAGUUCGUGGACUUCAGUAAAUGGGCUGACGGCAUCCUGGAGAUCAUGCCAAGGCACCUGCAGAGCGAGUCCAAGGAGAUGCAGCGCCUGGCUCUCAGAGGCCUCGUGGUGCUCAGCAGGGACCCCUCGAUGAACAAAAGAAUGCACACCCUGACUGAACGCCUUGUGGACCUGCUGCGGGAUGCAGACGAAGAAAUUGUUGAGACGAGCGCCGUCGUGCUCAGCGCUCUGCUGCUGCACAGAGACCUCGCCAUACCCAGCCCCAUCGCCCUGCGGCUGGCUGCAGCGCUCUGGCCACUCCUGGACAAUAUAAGGCUCUGUGUCCCCAGCCACGGCCAGUGGGAGCUGCCCCCAAGUGUGGUGUCCCAUGGAUUUCCGGGCCUGUGCACAGAGAGGCCUGGAGCAGCUGAUGUGGAAGGCUUUUGCUUCUUUCCAACAGGACAAACGCCAAGUGCAGCUGCUCUCCAUUCGCCUCUUCCAAGAUGUGAUGAGGUUGGUAGAGGCAAAGGGGAAAAAGGCCCUGAAGAUGCUUGUGAGCAAGAGCCUGCUCCCGCUCUUCUUCAACUGCCACAACGAGAACGUGCGCGUGGCAGAGGCCUCUCGGGAAACGCUGCUUGCUGCAGUGUGCUUCCUCAAGAGGAGGGAUCUGGAGCAUCUGGUGCUGACGGAUCAGAUGUGGAGGUUUGGGGAGUGCUUGCUGGCACAGGACAGGGACCGAGCGGCCGAGCACCUGCGGCAGGCCCUGCCGUACCUGCGGAGCCCACAGGAGCCCCUGCGAGAGGCGGCCGUCCGCUUCCUGGGGCUGGCCGGGCGGUUCCUGAGAGAGCAGCAGCGAGAGUUGCAGCUCCUGAGCAGGGCCCUUCAGGACAUGGCAGAUGACAUCAGCCCUGCCAUCUCAUGCCUGGCACUUCAAACUCUGUACAUAAAUAUGGCUGUACAGAGCAUUCCCUCCUCCCGACUCGAGAGGAUUCUAGAUCGAUUUCGCCGGCUCUGGAAGUCACGGCCUUCCCUGGGUGGCCGUGGCCAGUUCUCCUGCUGGAAUGCUGUGGAGAACUGAUGUGGGAGUGUGCCUCUGAUGGGGCCACCAGAGCCUGCAGGAAAACCUCUCUUCUUUAUGUAGUUUUAUUUCAGCCUAGUGUAAUAGUUUAGCAAAUUAGUAAAGUAUUAGAUUAGUUAAUUAGGAAUUAGUAGGAUUAAUAAAAUGCUGCUGUUAUAC